UUAAUAAAUGAAGACGAGAGAGUAGCAAAAUUUCCCACAAUUUCUGAGGAGGCGUGACCGCGUAGCCAACGGUAGACGAAGGCAUGAAAAAGAUGGCAGGUUUGCCGUCGGCAGACUGGCAAUGGGAGAACGCGACCGCCGGCGCUGCGGCUGGCCUCGCCACCGUUACUUUCUCACAUCCCCUUGACGUUGUUCGUACCAGGUUCCAAGUCUACGACGGAAGAAUCUCCAAUGUCCCCGCCUAUAGGAACACUCCUCACGCUUUAUUUGCCAUUGCCAGAACUGAGGGUCUUAGAGGACUUUAUGCUGGCUUUUACCCUGCGGUUCUUGGGUCAACUAUUUCAUGGGGUUUAUAUUUUUUCUUCUAUAGCAAGGCUAAGCAAAGGUAUCUGAGAAACCGGGAGAAGCUGAGUCCAGGCCUUCACCUUGCUUCAGCUGCAGAAGCAGGAGCACAGGUCUGUUUUUGCACCAACCCUAUUUGGCUUGUGAAAACAAGAUUGCAACUUCAGACUCCGAAUCAGAUACGUCCAUACACCGGAUUUCAUGAUGCUUUAAAAACCAUAAUCAAAGAAGAAGGAUGGAGAGCACUUUACAAGGGGCUUAUGCCAGGCCUAUUUCUGCAGGUUACACAUGGUGCUAUUCAGUUCACGGCAUAUGAAGAAUUUCGCAAAGUUCUUGUUAGCUCGAAAGCUCAGGAAAAUGAAAACACUCUUGCGACAGCUGCUGACUUGUUGAAUUCAGUUGACUAUGCAACACUAGGAGCUUCUUCUAAGCUGGCAGCCAUUCUUACGACAUACCCAUUUCAGGUUGUGCGAUCCCGAUUGCAGCAACGACCAAGUACAAGUGGAGUUCCGAGAUACAUGGAUAGCUGGCAUGUUGUGAAGGAAACUGCAAGGUUUGAGGGCGUACGAGGCUUCUACAGAGGUAUCACCCCAAACGUGCUGAAAAAUGUCCCUGCAGCUUCAAUUACCUUCAUUGUCUAUGAGAAUGUCCUAAACCUGCUAAAAUUUAGGAGAGAGUAUUAGUUCUUUUACAUCCUUUUUGCCUCCCAUUCAUGUUGUAGCCAUUAGGAUUCUACACUAGUGAAACGAUAUCUGGAAAAAGUACUCACAAGUUUGACAGGAGUACAAAUAGAAUCAGGAUCAGGAGGAUGCUAAGGAGAAUGUAAAAAGGAGACCAUUUACUGGCUGAUGUACAAUAUUCUAGUCUUUGUAAUUUAUCAGAAAAGAAAUAUUCUUUUUGAGUCUUUGUUCAAGUACUCAUGAAGCUACUGCUGUAGCAAGAAUAAUAGAUGGAAGCUAUCUUUGACAUCUAAUAAUAUUGUAUGUGAACCUUGUUACUUAA